GCUAACUUUAGAAAAACAAAAACAGAAGUAGAUCGACUUGAAUUCAACAAAAUGGCGAAUCGAGAGUUGGAAUUAAAUUCCGGAAUGCGCUGCGCCAAAUAUAUGCUCAUCAUAGUGAGCUUUAUGUUUGCGCUGACAGCUAUAUUGCUGAUCAUGGUUGGCACAACCAUUCAGACAAUUUUCGGCGAUUUUGAUCUCUUUAUCGAUGGACAUUUCUCGUCGCCGCCCGCGCUGCUAAUUGCCAUCGGUUUCAUACUUAUCGCCGUGGCCACACUCGGCGCCUAUGGAGCGGUCAAGGAGAGCGUUUUGGUCAUCAAUUUGUACGGCGUUUGUCUCUUCCUCGUCUUCAUACUGGAGGUAGCGGCAGCGAUUGCCGCAUUCGUCAUGCAGUCGCAGGUUAAGGAAAUGCUGGUGCGCACCAUGAACGAGGCGUUGGUUGCAUACGAAAAGGACACCACGGUGGCUACUGGAGUGGACUUUAUGCAAAGUAAUUUGGGCUGCUGCGGCGUUCAUGGUCCCGAUGACUGGAAGGAAAACUAUUCGCCCAACAACAUGACCCACCUGGACGCGGAUGAUGUGGUGGUGCCAUUCUCGUGCUGCGGCAGAGUGGACCCGAGUGCCAACGAUGACAAUGAGAUGAACUGCGUGGAGCCGUACGAGUAUGGUUGCUUGACCAAGAUGAACUUCAUCAUGUCGCAGAGUGUCAUGCUGAUUGCCACCGGCGCAACCACUGUGGCCUUUGUGCAGCUGCUGGGCGUGAUCUGCGCCUUUAUGCUGGCCAAGACACUGCGCCGCAACAAGUCGAUACGCGAGGCACGCCGCUGGCAGCUGCAGCAGAGUCUGGGCGUGCUCAUCUCCGGCGGUAAGGUGGGACUGCCAGCCAAUUCGGCAAUGAGCGGCUAUCAGCAGCUGGAGAAUGGCAACGAGAUGGGCACUCACGAGCCCUACACCUACACACCCCAGAGUCCCAGCGUCAAUUGAAGCAAGAGCAGCAAUUCUUAGCUCAAUAACAAUAACAACAAUAAGUAACACACUGUAAACGAUAAUGUAAACAAAAAAAAUAUGUAAUUUGUUAACUUAACGAAAAGCCAAUGCCAAAGUCAAAUAAAGCCAAUCCGGUUCUAG